CAGAGGGGCUGUACCUUCCACGCCGCAGCGCCGGAGGAUCUUUCCUCCUCCUCCUCCUCCUCCUCCUGAGGAGUUUUGUACUCGCCUCAGAGCAGAGAUUGUCGCCUUUCCCUGCAAUGGAGCCGGCGGGAGCGGCUCUCACUGGGCCGGCGGCCGCAGGAACCUCGACGCUGUUUUUGGCGGGGAACGAGCAGCAGUAUUUCUCCGAGCUCUUCUCGCUUUGCGGCGGCCAGCCUACUCCCGAGGCGGGACCUGGAUUGGCCCCCCCCGCUGUCGGGGGGGGUAAAGUGGCAGAGGUGUUCCGAGCGUCGCAGCUCCCCGCGGAGAUGCUCCAUCAGAUUACAGACUUGUGUGGUGCUAAACGUGUUGGUUAUUUUGGUCGUACUCAGUUUUAUGCUGCUCUGAAGCUUAUAGCUGCUGCACAGGCUGGUCUCCCAGUACGAAUAGAAAGUAUUCAGAAUGAAUUACCUUUACCUCGAUUUAGUGCUCUGAAAAGUGGUAGUGAAAUAAGGUACAGUAAUCUACCAGAAGCACAUGGAACUAAGUUUCAGAGUCCACAUGCAACACUUGAGAUAAAUUGUUUCAGAAGAUCAGAUGAAGAAGAAAAACAGGAAGAAGCGAAAUCUCCCCCCAUGUCUCCCAUUGGUUCUCAUCCUGCGUCUCCCUCAAAUUACCAGAGAAUUCCUUCAGGAUAUGGAUAUAGUAUAUUGAGAAGUGGGCUUGAGCAGCAGCAUGGAGGUUCCUAUGAAGCUAGACAUUCUAUUCAAGAUGGAUUAACUUCAGGGAGUUAUGGGUCCAAAUCAGCACCAACUCAUUCAUCUCUCAUUCGGUCUCUCUCAAUAGAAAGAGAACUGCAGGAGAGCAGUAGUAAUUACCCAGAUGACCUCUGGAGAGUUACUGAGGAACAACGAGAAUAUUACAUCAAUCAGUUCAAGUCUUUACAGCCUGAUCUCAACUCUUUCAUUUCAGGUUCUGUGGCUAAGAAUUUCUUCACAAAGUCUAAACUGCCCAUCCCUGAGCUUUCACACAUAUGGGAACUUAGUGAUGUUGACUGUGAUGGAGCACUGACAUUAGCAGAGUUCUGUGCUGCCUUUCACCUUGUGGUUGCUCGGAAGAAUGGCUACCUGUUGCCAGACACCUUGCCGGAGACGCUCUUGCCUGACUAUCUUCAUGCAGCUUCCCUUAAGCCUAAAAGUGAUCAUGUACUGAAUUCUUAUUCAGAAUCAUUGUCAGUAAAUCAACAGACAAGGGAUUUCAGUAGGACUGAGCUUGAAACUGUAUGCGAAGAUCCAAAUAACUCAGAGCCACUGAUUCUGUUUGAGGCAGCUUCUGUUGAACCAACUUUACUUGAUGAGAAACCUGGUAAAGCUGCACUGAUUCAGGAUACAGUUACUGAUGAUAAACAAGGUCUGAAAGCAAGUGCUUCUACCCGAGCAGUGCCAAAGGAUUUUAAAGUAUCUCAACAUUUGCCUUUCAAAACAGUUGCUCAAGAAUCAAACACACUCAGAACGAGACCAAGGUCCAAGUCUUACUCUAGCACAUCUGUUGAAGAUGCAGUGAACGAAGGGGGAGAACCACCAGCUCCUCCACCAAGACCUCAAAAAUCACAUUCCAGAGCUUCCUCCUUAGACUUAAAUAAAAUUUUUCAGCAAAAUACACAAGUUAGAUCAGGCUGGAUACCACCACCACCUGCUCUACCUCCAAGGCCCUUUGUAUCACAGGUGUGUCAAUAAUUUCAGCAUGAUAUUAUGCUUAAUAUCUAUCUUAAAAGGGAAAAGUAAAAAGUUUUUUUUCCUUGCCCAAGCAUCCAUUCGC